AUGGAAGAGUUCGGAAAAGUCAUCAUUUCGGUUAUCUACUUGGUACUCUUUAUCACUGCUAUACUCGGCAAUGUUUUUGUUGUCUAUUUGGUGCUGAGAAGGCCUGCAAUGAAGAGUCCUACAAACCUUCUUUUGGUGAAUAUGGCAGCAGCCGACAUUCUCUUUGCUGUGUUCAUGUUUCCGCUGGCUGUCAUCCGACUUCAUGUAAGAGCUCUUUGGAUCGGAGGUCCUUUUGGUGACUUCACAUGUCAUGUUAUAUUCUUCAUGUCCCAUUUACCAAUUGCUGGUUCGACGACAACUCUAACCUUCAUAGCGUUUGAGAGGUUCUUUGCAAUCGUGUACCCAUACAGGACGAUCAGAAUCUUUCAAAAAGUGUGGGUCAUCACAAUCUGUAUUUGGCUGAGUUCGGCCGUGCUUAUGAGUCCCGUUGGAGUAUCUGCAGUUACUACUGAAAUAAACGGCCAAAUGCAUUGUGAUCGUGACUGGUCCACUUUUGGAGAUCCCGUGAUGAUGAAACGGACAUUUUACGACACCACAUUUGUCGCCAUGUACGCUGUUCCAUUGCUUGUCAUUGCCGUCCUGUACACUGCAAUCUGUCGCAAGCUUUGGAAGCACAAUGCACCUGGACAACGUGGACCAUUGCAUGCACAACAGAAUAACACGAUUCGAAAACGUCAAAUUAUCACGAUGCUUAUCACCAUCGUCAUCGUUUUUGCACUUUGUUGGCUUCCCACACAUGCCCAGCACAUUCUUUUGUCAUACUUUCCUACUCUCCAUGCGCGCUUUCCACUAGCUUUAAUGGUGUCCAUGAAUCUCUUUGGUCACACAAAUCCUGCCAUAAACCCCUUAAUCCUGUUGGGACUCAAUAAUCGAUUCCGCCGCGAGUUUUUCAAGUUAUUAGCUCGUAGAAGAACAGCUCGUAAUAGAACAGCACCUUUAGAAGAGUCCCCAAAUGUUUCCGAAGAUAUAAGAGUUCAAGAAAAUGGAAUCAAUAACGGUGGAUUACGCACAGAAAGAACGGGUUCUUGA